AUGCACGGCCUUGCUGCAGCCGGCCUAGUGGCUACGACGCUGUUGCAGCUCUGCUCGGCGCUCCCCUCGACCUCAUCGUCGUCCUCCUCGUCGCGAGCCGAGGCCGACUCGCACCCGUCGCCGUACGAUGCCACCGCCUACAUGGCCUUCCCCGCCAGGACCGCACCGGUAGGGCACGCGUUCAUGUCGCCUCAGACACCGCUCGUCGACCCGGGUACGAUCCCCGCCGCCUUGAGGUCCAAGCGACCCGAGCUGCUCGACCCGGACACGGCGCAAAGCCCAGCAUUUGCCUGGGAUCGGCAUCCGCUGGGCAAACGUCGCGCCGGAUUGGACCCGCUCGAGCAGUUCAACGUCGGCCGCUUGUCAAAACGAGCCGCCAUCGCAUCGUCGAAUGCACCCUUCCCACCCUCGACUUGUGAGUAUUGACCUGGGCCAUAGCGUCGGAUGGCGCGGCUCCCAUGGCGGCCACCGCGUCGGCGCACGCAGGGCCUCACCUCAUUCAACCGCGAAGGGGGCCAAGCACCGCAUUCCUUCGUCGCUCUUGGCUCGUUGACUGACCCUCCCGAUCCCGCAACGCGCAUCCAUCGUAUCAGACAUCAAUGUCAACAACUUGACCUCGAUCGCGCUCGUCGCACAGGCCGCUGUAGCUCGUAUGCAGACAUGGUACGAGGAUGGUGUAUUCGAGUCAGUCCCCCCUCUCCUUCGCGCGGUGCCUGCCGUCAUCGACGAGUCGGGGUCUCUAACCGUGACCUGUUCUUGCGAUCGACCCAUCCUUUCACAGCUGGACAGGAUGGUGGCAGACACCCGUGUUAGGUCUUGCAUACACGCAGCUCGAUCUCGCUCUUGGUAACAAUGGUGUGUUUUACGUCGGUAGCUGUCAGGCCUCGCGGACUCCGAAGAAGAGAAGAGACCUAAGCGCUGUGUGAAUCGCCGAGUUAACUCUCCUGGCUCGCUUACUCCCUGAACAGUCAACGAGUUGCUCAUCAAGGAUUUGCUCAUCAAAAACGACGAUAAAGGAUGGAUGAUCGAUGCCUACGUCGAUGAUCAGAGUGCGUUUCUUGUUCCUAUUGGUGCGACGUUCUGUUCGCUGACGAUUUGCCCGGAUUGCAAUAAUCCUCCAGGUUGGUGGGCCAUGUUUGCGUUGCGUGCGCACCAAGCCUACCCCAACCAGACUUGGUUCCAGAUGGUUCAAACGAUCAAUAACAACAACACGCUCUACUGGACCGACACAUGCGGCGGUGGUGUACUCUGGCUUACCUACAGACCGAUGAUCAAAAACACCAUCACCAAUGGGUCAGUUCCGAGGCUUACUCCAAUUUGGGACACCUUGUCUCUCACUGACGUCGUCCACCUCUCUACACAGUCUCUACUUCUCGAUCUUGACGCGGCUGUACCGUUACACCGGCAACUCAACGUACUUUGACUACUCUAUGAACACCCUCAACUGGUGGCUCGGAUGGGGCUUCGACGCGGACAACGGCCGAGUAUGGGAUACCAUCACCGGACCGGACUGCGACAAAACGGGCGAAGCGUCAUGGACGUACAAUUCUGGCGCGUUCCUGUACGGCCUUGCAGAUCUGUGGUACGCGACCGGCGACGAACGUAUUCUCGACUUGGGCCGAACGAUCGCCUACGCCGGUAUUCGAGACUUUACCGAAGCCUCGACGGGUGUGCUCGUCGAAAGUUGCGAACAUGACGCACCUCCGUCUGCGGGUAAACCGCCCGGAUGUCAACAGGACGAAACCGUGUUCAAAGGAAUUUUCAUCCUCGCUCUGGCCGAAUUGUACCUCGCUCGACCGGACCCCAACAUCUACAACUUUAUCAACACGCAAAUGCUGUCAAACGUGUUCAACAACGUUGAUAAUUCGUGGUUAUUUGGGAUGUGGUGGAAUGGGCCUUGGAACGAGACGACCGCGGGACCUAAGACGCAGAUUACGGCGCUUUGUGCACUGGCCGCGGCGGCGACGGUCAACGCGGAUUAUUUGGCCCAUGCGGGUGCCGAUACGUGAGUCCAGGUCGCGGACUCCGCUUGUCAAUCCUAACAGUACUGAUCAUUAACCCGUCCAUUCGAUAUAGGACCGUCGCUCCAAUGUACCAAGUCGCCGUACCGGACAACACCUCCCGGUCAACGAACGCCGGCUCGACCGUCCACGAAACGGGUGUGCACACCUCCGCUUCAGCGACAAUAAACCACUUUGGUCCUUUCGCCGUCGCUGUCUUCGCCUUUGUCGUAGGCGUCGCUGUUCUGGUGUAG